GGGGGACUACCAAAGUAGACGUUGGCCUUUAGGCACUUGGCAGUUACCUUCAAACUUUGAAAAUCAAAUCUGCAGUACCCCCCACAGCCCACACACUCACAGAGGAUACAACAACGGGUGCGCCCGGAGAACAAUCGACGUUAUGUCGCCUUUCAAACCCUUUUAAAGUCUGCAUUUUCAUCUUCAAAGCUUUGGCAGCAGUGAGGAUUGAAGCUUUAAUGGCGUUUGACGGACACAUUUUUGGAACAGCAAAAAUCCAGCUGAGUCCUUGUCUUUUCUUGAAUUGAAGUGAUCCCUUUUGAGUAAUAUUUUUGGUGUUGAAAUGGAAAGUGUAGCUGAGACUGAAAGGAGCGAGAUGAAAGAUGGGGCUGAGUUGGUUAGUGAUGAUUCGGUGACGGAGUCGAGGAAGAGCAGCCGGAGCAGUAGUUGCGACAGCAGAUCGGGUUCCGAUAAUUCUUCUUCUGCUCAGUUGGGUUGGCCUAUCGGGAAAGCUGCAAAUUGUUUGGGAAAUGAUGGGUCUGAAGGAAAACGCAAGUCCACGUUGAAUGUUGAGAGUUGUGAUGAUGAUUCUAAGUUGAAGAAGCACGGUUCAAAUGUUUCAGUGCUUGGUGAAGACAUGUCUGGAAGUGGUAAAGGGGUCUGCCCAGCAUUGGCCAUUUCAAAUGCCAUCACCAAUCUAUGCGCUACUGUGUUUGGGCAACUGUGGAGGUUGGAACCAUUGCCGCCUGAAAAGAAGACAAUGUGGAGAAGAGAGAUGGAGUGGCUUCUUUGCGUGAGUGAUUAUAUCGUCGAAUUGAUACCAUCUUGGCAAACGUUCCCUGAUGGGAGUAGGCUUGAGGUGAUGAGUUCUCGUCCAAGAUCAGAUCUAAUUAUUAAUCUCCCGGCUCUGCGUAAACUUGACAACAUGCUACUAGAAAUACUCGACGGAUUUACAGAAACUGAGUUCUGGUAUGUUGAUCAGGGUGUAAUAGCACCGGAGGCUGACGGAUCAGUAUCUUUCCAGAAAGCUAUUCAACGGCAGGAUGACAAAUGGUGGCUGCCGGUGCCACGUGUCCCUUCUGGCGGUCUUUCUGAGGGCACGAGAAAGCAAUUAAGUUACAAGCGUGAAUGCGCAAGUCAAAUUCUUAAAGCUGCUAUGGCUAUUAACAGCAUUGCUUUGGCUGAGAUGGAAGUUCCAGACUCAUACUUGGAAACUCUUCCAAAGAACGGGAGAGCAUGUCUGGGGGAUGUCAUCUACCGUUACAUCACUUCAGAACAUUUCUCCUCCGAGUGCUUGCUUGAUUGCCUUGAUCUGUCUUCCGAACAUGUCGCUUUGGAGAUAGCAAAUCGGGUGGAGGCAGCAAUAUACGUGUGGCGCAGAAGGCAGCAUCUGAAACCGCCACCUCAUCCAAACCGUUCUGUAGCCAAAUCGUCUUGGGAAAUCGUCAGGGAUCUGAUGUUAGACGGAGACAAGAGGGAAUUGCUUGCGGAACGAGCCGAUACCCUCCUGCAUUGCUUGAAACAGCGGUUCCCAGGUCUCACACAGACCACAUUAGAUACCAGCAAAAUACAGUGCAACAAGGACAUUGGAAAAUCCAUUCUGGAGAGCUAUUCCAGAGUCUUGGAGAGUUUGGCAUUCAAUAUCCUGGCACGAAUUGAGGAUUUACUCUAUGUCGACGACAUAAACAAGCAAUCCGACAAACUCUCAUCAGUGAGUUUGAUGUCUCACAAAAAGGUACCAGUCCCAUUUCAGGUGCCCGUCUCGGGCACUCCCUACCGGACAGCACAGACAACGCCCAACUUUUCCCCCGCUCCACUGAGAAGCCCUGCCAAAGCAGAGAGGACUCCAUUUCUGGGCAGCAACAGCAACAAGCUUCCACGUCGUGGCCUAGGUGUUAAAAGAGUCCUCACGAAUUAUCUCAGUGGCGAUGCAAAGGUGAGGACGUGCAGCAACAUUCUUGAAGGUCUGGGUUCAAUUUCAAUCAGAAUUACGGAAGGGACGACAUCCCGUCUGAGCAUGGAAGAGAAGGAGCAAUCGUCGAUCCAUAGGGAGUCUAGGCCACGGCAAAUAGACCGGUAGUUGGGGAACAACACACCGCAAAUGGUUCUUGGCUUCUUACAUUAUGCUCAUAGAAAUGAGGAUGUGUUGUUUCAGUUGUAUGUUCAUUUGAUUUAUUAGUUGAGCGAUCGAUGGUUAUAUUAUUGAACUUGACCAGUUUGUAACUUUGACCUAUGGGCAAAAAUAUUUAUGCCCACCAAUCCAAUAGCUGUGCUCUAUA